CCAGGCUAUGUGGUGUCCAUCAUGGGCAGGAGGAGACUGCUGCCAGGGAUCCGUGCGCGAGACCACCGGCUCCGGGCACAGGCAGAGCGGCAGGCAGUGAACUUCGUGGUGCAAGGCUCGGCUGCAGACCUCUGUAAAAUGGCCAUGAUCCGCAUCUUCGCUGCAGUGGCCACUUCCCCCACCCUGACAGCCAGGUUGGUUGCACAAAUUCACGACGAGCUGCUGUUUGAGGUGGGAGAUGCACAGGUUCCUGAGUUCGCAGCUCUUGUCAGGGGAGCCAUGGAAUCGGCGGGGCGCGUGCAGGCUCUGGAGCCGCAGCUACAGGUGCCUCUGAAGGUGAGCCUGAGUGCCGGCCGCUCGUGGGGACACCUGGUGCCACUGCAGGAGGCCUCAGGGCCUUGGCCCCACCCCUGUCCCACAGUCUCCAAGCAGUAACCCAGCCGGCCUCCCAGCCAGGCCCCGCAUCAGCACCAACCCCUGGCAGCACGGGCAUUUCUCGCCUUCGUUUUGUCUGUAGCCCCAGGCAGCAGUGGGCGGAGAGAACUGGCUCCCACCAGUCAUUGUGUGGCCUUCCCCAAGGACAGCGGUGGGCGCUUUGUGCCAGCUCCGUGGCUAGAGCGGAACCAGCAAGGGCCACAUUCACCCUCUGGGUCGGGCCCUGGAGUAAACACCUCACCCGAA